AUGGGUAUCUCUCGUCAAACCAUAAAGCCUUCGCCUCGAAGAGCCAGCAGCGUCAGCCGCGCUGGGACGCCACACACGCCCCGACACGCCCGCCUCAACGCUGGACAGACGCGCACCGCCACACCCAUACGGACCGUUCAGAUCCGUCCAAUGCCGACGCGGACCACGCCGACACACACACACAGGCCGCAAACCCACGGCGCCCAGACGUUCGCAGCACACACCCACCUGAUGCCGCCACACACCGCCGGGCGCAGGUUUUCACGGGAAGACAGGAGACCGAGUUUGCAGGCUCACGCCACUGACCAUCACACUGGCUGCUCCUUCUACUGCUAUCUCUGCUACUGCUGCUACUGCUGCUGCCUCACGCUGCUUUCUUUCUCUCUCCUCCUCCUCCUCUCCCCUCCUCCCCGCACCACCACUCACACUGUCUCUCACUCCUCCUCCUCUUCUCUACCUGUUCCUCGAACUCCACCUUCCUCCGUCCCUUCCUCCCCAUCCUACCCUCCUCCAUCACCUCCAUCACCACCGGUUUCUCCCUUCUGUCCUGUGCCUCCUUGUAUCCUCCCCGCUCAUCAUUCCUUCCCUAUCCUCCACUCUUGUCCAUCUCCCUGUCCGCUCAACCUAUCAUGUCCUCUCUCUUCAAACUCUCCUGUAUUCCCCUCCACCUCUUCCCACCGCUCCCCUCCCCCCUCCUUUACUGCUACCCCUUCCACUCCUCCUCCUCCUCCUCUCUCCUCACCUCUCCUCCACCACCCUAACCUGUGCCGCCCACGGCCCUCGUCCUCCCAUCGCUCCCUCCCUUCUCUGCUGCUCUGCCCUCUUAGUUUCGGGGAUUCAGUAGGGGAUCUGUCCUCUGCUUCCACCCUGGAUCCCCUCCCCUCCGCUGGGCCGCUGGCCCGGCCACGCACCCUGCUGCGCCAGCAGAGUCUCCAGCAGCCUCUCAUCCACCAACCCGUCCCGAGCCUCCUCCUCACCCACCUCCCACCCACCUCCUCUCAGAGCCUGGGUCAGAUACACCAAGUGCCCCCGCCGGGGCCCGGCCAGCCAGGGGGAAGCGGGGGCAGUGGGGGCAGUGGGGGAGGAGGUGGAGGAACGCAAAGAGGCCCCAGGGGGGUGCGAGGGAGCCUGGCGGGGACAGGCGCCUCACGGUACAGGGGAGGAGGAGGAGGAAGAGGAGGAGGAGGUCGUGGUAACCCUGGGUCCUGGGAUCACAUGAUGGGCCAAUUGAAAAACAGAGGCCUGGAUGCCAAGUCCUUCCUGUGAGUCACUCUGUUUCUUCUUUUCCCUCUGUCUGGGUUGGUAACCGUCUCUGUCUGGGUUGGUAACUGUCUCUGUCUGGGUUGGUAACUGUCUCUGUCUGGCUUGGUUGGUAACUGUCUCUGUCUGGGUUGGUAACCGUCUCUGUCUGGGUUGGUAACUGUCUCUGUCUGGGUUGGUAACCGUCUCUGUCUGGGUUGGUAACCGUCUCUGUCUGGGUUGGUAACCGUCUCUGUCUGGGUUGGUAACCUUCUCUGUCUGGGUUGGUAACUGUCUCUGUCUGGGUUGGUAACUGUCUCUGUCUGGGUUGGUUGGUAACUGUCUCUGUCUGGGUUGGUUGUUAACUGUCUCUGGGUUGGUUGGUUGUUAACUGUUUCUGGGUUGGUUGGUUGUUAACUGUCUCUGGGUUGGUUGGUUGUUAACUGUCUCUGGGUUGGUUGGUUGUUAACUGUUUCUCGGUUGGUUGGUUGUUAACUGUCUCUGGGUUGGUUGGUUGUUAACUGUCUCUGGGUUGGUUGGUUGUUAACUGUCUCUGGGUUGGUUGUUAACUGUCUCUGGGUUGGUUUUUAACUGUCUCUGGGUUGGUUGUUAACUGUCUCUGGGUUGGUUGGUUGUUAAUUGUCUCUGGGUUGGUUGGUUGUUAACUGUCUCUGGGUUGGUUGUUAACUGUCUCUGGGUUGGUUGUUAACUGUCUCUGGGUUGGUUGGUUGUUAAUUGUCUCUGGGUUGGUUGGUAACUGUCUCUGGGUUGGUUGGUAACUGUCUCUGGGUUGGUUGGUAACUGUCUCUGGGUUGGUUGGUAACUGUCUCUGGGUUGGUUGUUAACUGUCUCUGGGUUGGUUGGUUGUUAAUUGUCUCUGGGUUGGUUGGUAACUGUCUCUGGGUUAAUUGGUAACUGUCUCUGGGUUGGUUGGUAACUGUCUCUGGGUUGGUUGGUAACUGUCUCUGGGUUGGUUUUUAACUGUCUCUGGGUUGGUUGUUAACUGUCUCUGGGUUGGUUGGUUGUUAAUUGUCUCUGGGUUGGUUGGUAACUGUCUCUGGGUUGGUUGGUAACUGUCUCUGGGUUGGUUGGUAACUGUCUCUGGGUUGGUUGGUAACUGUCUCUGGGUUGGUUGGUUGUUAAUUGUCUCUGGGUUGGUUGGUAACUGUCUCUGGGUUGGUUGGUAACUGUCUCUGGGUUGGUUGUUAACUGUCUCUGGGUUGGUUGGUAACUGUCUCUGGGUUGGUUGGUAACUGUCUCUGGGUUGGUUGGUAACUGUUUCUGGGUUGGUUGGUAACUGUCUGGGGUCUUUUCCCUCUGGUGUUCUGUCCCAAAUGGAACCCUGUUCCCUGUAUAGAGCACUACUUUAGACCAGAGCUCUGUGGCCCUAUAUAGGGAAUAGGGUCCCACUGGGGAUGUAGAUAUUGUCUCUGCUGUUGUCACCUCACGGCUCCUGCUUCCUCCACUGUCUGAGUUGCUGUGCUCUCUAUGGGAUGUGAUCCUCCUCAAUUCUUCUCACAUCAUGUCUUUAAAACACAACUCUCUGACACAAACCAUUUGUCUCUAUCUGGGUUGUGUAAAGUUGUCCUGUCACAUCUCUCAGUGUAAAGCACCGUCUUGCCUAUCUGGAUAUAGCACUGCUCUUCUCCUCCUUUCCGUUUCGAUGUAGUGAUCUUUGACUGUCUGUUGCCAUGUCCUCUUUAGGCACUGACAGUAUUUUAGAUGAUUUAGAUAUUCUUGUCUUCUCUACGUGGUGUUGAGUUUGUGCUGGUGACACCCAGGGAAGGAUGUUACUUGACAUCGUGUAUCAUGACAUUGUGUGUGUGUGUGUUUGUGUGUUUGUGUGUGUGUGUGUGUGUAUGUGUGUUUGUGUGUGUGUGUGUGUGUGUGUGUGUGUGUGUGUGUGUGUAUGUGUGUGUGUGUGUGUGUGUGUAUGUGUGUGUGUGUGUGUGUGUGUGUGUGUGUGUGGUGUGUGUGUGUGUGUGUGUGUGUGUGUGUGUGUGUGUGUGUGUGUGUGUGUGUGUGUGUGUGCGCACAAUGUGACAGUUUUAUACUUAUAGAGUCUGAAACACCAUCUAAGACAGGGUUCUUCAAUUCCGGUCCUGGAGGGCCGAAACACCUCUGUUUUUCAUCCUCUCCUUCUAAUCAGGGGCUUUUUUUUUCAUACUGGCCGCCCAUGGGAAUCAAACCCACAACCCUGGCGUUGCAUGUGCCAUGCUCUACCAACUGAGCUACAUGGUGCCAAAUACUGACUGAGGACUAAACUUAAGGGAGGGACAUAUAAAGGGGAGGUAAUGAGGAAGGUAAUGGAGUCCAGGUGUGAAUCAUAAUGAUCUGCAGGUGCGCGUAUUGAUGGAUGCCAGGUGUGCAUAAUGAUAUAUCUCAGGACCGAUGGUUAGUAUUCCGGUGAAGUCGCAUGCCGGAGGGGAAAAACAGGAGUAGACGUGACAGUUAUAUAUAGAUGUUAACAUCCUGAUAUAGUUGAUAACGUCCUGAUAUAGAUGUUAAUGUCCUGAUAUAGAUGAUAACGUCCUGAUAUAGAUGUUAAUGUCCUGACAUAGAUGAUAACGUCCUGAUAUAGCUGAUAGCGUCCUGAUAUAGCUGUUAAUGUCCUGAUAUAGAUGAUAAAGUCCUGAUAUAGAUGUUAACAUCCUGAUAUAGAUGUUAAUGUCCUGAUAUAGAUGAUAACGUCCUGAUAUAGAUGUUAACGUCCUGAUAUAGAUGUUAAUGUCCUGAUAGAGAUGAUAACAUCCUGAUAUAG